AUGUCUACCCCACCUCCACCGCAACAGCAUCGUCGUUCAGCCGGGGACAUUAAAAAAGCCACACCGCCUUCAACUAUAGUGACCAGAAAUGGAGCUCGAAAGGCAAAGAUUCAAACAAGAGCAAUGUCUGCUUCUGCUAAGCCAUCAGCAUCAGUAGUGGCUGCUAAGAAAAAGGCACUGCAGAAAAAGAAACAAAUUGUUGACACUGUAAUAAGGGAUCAAUAUCAAGUUGCAAUGGAGUCCAAGAUGAAGGUCAAGGGGCCUACUGGUUUUGUGACUGAACCUCGUAUGGCUGAGCACAGGUGUCUUUGGGAUGACAACUAUCCAGAAUGUCCAGAAAGGCUUAUAAGUGUCCUUGAUCGAUGCCGCGAGUUGAAGCUCAUUGAGCAGUGCAAGCAAUUUGAACCAAGAGCAGCAACCAAGGAAGAGUUGCUUGUUUUACAUUCACCGUCGGUUUAUGAAAUGUUGGAGGGCACACAUCAGAACCAAAACAUUGAAUACUUGGAAGAGUUGUCGUCGAAAUACGACGCUAUUUAUAUCCACCCAAGCACCCACGAGCUGGCGCUGAUAGCGGCCGGCUCCACGAUCGACCUGGUGGGGCGGAUCGCCAGCGGGGAGGUCCAGAACGGGGCGGCCUUCGUGCGGCCGCCGGGGCACCACGCGAUGAGAGCGGAGCCCUGCGGCUACUGCUUCUACAACAACGCGGCGCUGGCCGCUUCCCACGCGAUACGGAACGCGGGCUUGACCAGAAUACUGAUCGUAGACUGGGAUGUACAUCACGGACAGGCGACCCAGCAGAUGUUCUACGACGACGACAGGGUGGUCUAUUUCUCCGUCCACCGCUACGAGCACGGCGCCUUCUGGCCGAACCUCCGGCAGUCCGACUUCAACUACGUGGGGCGGGGAAAGGGAGCGGGGUACAAUUUCAACGUGCCGCUGAACACAACGGGAAUGCGCGACGCUGACUACCUGGCCAUAUGGCACCAGCUCCUAAUGCCGAUGGCCCUGGAAUACCAACCGGAGCUGAUCAUAGUAUCGGCGGGCUACGACGCUGCCAUCGGCUGCCCCGAGGGCGAGAUGGAACUCACCCCCGCUUGCUACGCCACGCUGCUGCACUCGUUAAUGGGGGUGUGCUCGCGCGUUUGCGUGGUGCUGGAGGGCGGCUACUGCCUGCCCUCGCUGGCAGAGGGCGCGGCGCUCACACUGCGCACUCUGCUCGGCCACGCGCCCCCACCGCCGGCGGAGCACCCCACCGAGCCCGGCGACUCGAUCCGCGAUUCGAUACUGAACUGCAUAUACGCGCACAAACCGUACUGGCGUUGCUUCAACUACCAGCCGACGUACAGCGUGGGCCCCACUCCCAACGUUUGCGACGGAGCGAAACGGAAGCAUACGGUCGCCGUCAAGUGGGAGGGAGACGAGACUAGGCCCGACAGUUUCGCCACCAGAGACUGCUACCCGAAGCAGGACGAUUCGACGAAGAAAAGGAUCGCGGAGCGGCUGAACCAUUUGCGACUGGUCACGAAUCUAUCGAUGCCCCAGCAUGCAGUAUGCUACGUGUAUGACGAGGCGAUGUUGAAACACAAGAACAUUUGCGAGCCAGGCCACGUGGAGUGCCCUGAGCGCGUCAUGCGCAUCCACGAGCGGCAUCGCGACUUUGGUCUUCUGGGAAGGGUUCAUCAGCUGGCGGGGAGACCAGCCCCCGAGCAGGUGCUCCUGGACGUGCACACACCCUCGCACCUCCAAAGAUUGAAGGAGCUGUCCACUACCAAGCUGCGAGAUCUUCGACACCAGGAGGAGUCCUUCGACUCGGUCUACUUCCACCCUGACUCGUACGAGAGCGCCGCCAUGGCAGCCGGAUGCGUCCUGCAAGCGGUAGACGCAGUUCUGUCCGGCGCGGCGGGCGGCGGCGUGUGCGUGGUGCGGCCGCCGGGGCACCACGCGGACGAGGAGCUGCCCAGCGGCUUCUGCCUGCUGAACAACGCCGCGGCGGCCGCGCGCUACGCCGUCCGCGGCCACGGGCUCGUUCGCGUAUUGAUCCUCGACUGGGACGUUCAUCACGGCAACGGCACGCAGCGCAUCACGUACGGCGACACAGAGAUACUGUACAUGUCUAUUCAUCGAUACGACAACGCUACGUUCUUCCCGAAGUCGACAGACGCCAACUACGACGCUGUGGGCGCCGCUCCCGCCGAAGGCUACAACGUCAACGUGCCCUGGAACAAGCGAGGAAUGGGCGACGCAGAGUACAUGGCGGCGUUCACACAGGUGAUCCUGCCGAUCGCCCACGAGUACAACCCUGAGCUGGUUAUCGUCUCAGCCGGGUUCGACGCCUGCGUGGGCGAUUUCUUGGGAGGUUGCAAAGUGACGCCGGAGUGCUACGGCCGGAUGACCCACCUGCUGCGCGGACUCGCCGGCGGCAAAGUGGUCCUCUGUCUGGAGGGCGGGUACAACGUCACCAGCAUAUCCUACGCAAUGACCAUGUGCACGAAAGCUCUCCUCGGCGACCCCAUCCAGCACCACUACGACCCCAAGGCCGCAUGCCACCCGUCCGCCGUCGAAUCAAUCAACAACGUGAUAAAAACCCACAGCAAGUACUGGAAGAGUCUGAAGUUCCAACUGGCGCUGCCCGCGGAGAACGUUCUGGAAGCGCCGCCGCCCUCCAGAGGCCUGGCGAGUGACUCGAAUAACACAGAUCCGUCCAAGCCAUUGGACGAAUCGGCAAACGACACCUCCAAGUCGCUCAGUCAAUUCGAGUCCUCCCUGGAGAGCGACAUGAUGAAUUUGACCAUAGACAAAUCGAAAUGCACCGACGGCAUCCACUGCGGCACUGACGACGAGGACGACGAAUCGAAGCGAGACAAAGAGAAUAAACCUAAAGUGGGCACAUCGAAGACACCAGACGGGUCUGGUUGUUCAAAGAGUGUGGCUGAAGGAGGCCCAUUGCAAAGAUGU